AUGCAGCUUAGCUCCUCGCGUAGGACUAGGGAUCCGAGCCCGACGGGUAACUGGCACCUCCUGACUCAGUCUUCCCACUGCCACCAGAUUCGCACGCGUCCGGGCGGAGCGAGCGUAGGGACAAGCGCCCGACAGCGCGUGGGAAAGACUGUGGCUGUGUGGAUUAGCUGGAGGACCUAGGCUUGCAGCCUCGCCGUUGCAGGCUCGGUUUCCUAAUCUGUGCAACAGGCUGGCUAGCUGGAGGCACUUUGGGGAGUGGUUGAGGGUUGAAAGAACUGCGUGAAUGACACCUGAAAAAGGCGCAGUAAAUGUUAGUAUCCUAGGGAGUCGUGGCGGUCCCCUCCUGUCCCCAAGAGUAGCUAACCGCAGCCCCCAUCAACUGAGCUCACCGUCCCUGACCCCAGCCCCGGCCAUGGACUCCGCGGCUGCCGCAGACCUGACCGAUGCGUUGUGCGAGUUUGACGCGGUGCUGGCUGACUUCACGUCGCCCUUCCACGAGCGCCACUUCCACUACGAGGAGCACCUGGAGCAUAUGAAGAGGCGCAGUAGCGCCAGCGUUAGUGACAGCAGCGGCUUCAGCGACUCAGAGAGUGCAGAUUCACUUUAUAGGAAUAGUUUCAGCUUCAGUGAUGAAAAGCUGAAUUCUCCAACAGAGGCCACCCCAGCUCUGCUCUCGUCCACUGUUGCUCCUCGGAAAGCCAAAUUAGGAGACACAAAAGAGCUAGAAGACUUUAUUGCUGAUCUUGACAGAACAUUAGCAAGUAUGUGAAACGAGGAGUUCCAGGUCCUUUUAUUACAAGAGAGAAGCUUCAGAAAGCUCCGAGGACUUGGCAAAAUCAGCUACUAGAAAAUGCUGCCAGAGGCGAUAGAGAUGGACACUCACCUACCACCAGGCCAUUCUUAGACUCACCUUCAAAUUAGCCUGUGGGCCCGUCUCUGGGCAAUUUAGACAGUGAAACUGACUUUGUUGACCUGCCUGCAGCUUAUUAGAACAGGUGAUCUAUGCUAAUGUAUUUUUCUCUUAAAACAUAGCUUUCUUGUAAUUUAAAGUGCUUUUAUGAAAAUAUUUGUAAUUAAUUAUAUAUAGUUGAAAAUAGUAAAAUGCUCUCCCUAUUAUAAUAUAUUUUUGUAUGCAAAUAAAAUUUGAACUGGAGUCUAUAUUU